AUGAGGAACCAGACAACUGUGAAUGAAUUUAUUCUUCUAGGAUUCAUUGGGACUAAGAGGGUUGAACCUCUACUCUUCAUUUUAUUCUUCAUCACCUACACUGUUGCUAUGGUAGGCAACUUUAUUUUUAUUACCUUGGUGUUUUGUGAGAACAGCCUUCACAGCCCAAUGUACAUGUUCAUUGCUAACCUGUCUUUUUUAGAGAUUAUAUUCACCACCACAGUUAUCCCUAAAAUGCUAUUCAAUUUUAUGAGUCAAAGAAAAUCUAUCGCCUUCCAUAGUUGCAUCCUGCAGGCUUACAUAUAUUUCUCAACAGGUUCCACAGAGUUCUUCCUUUUGGCUAUCAUGUCAUUCGACCGCUAUCUGGCCAUUUGCAACCCUCUGAGAUAUGCAGCCAUCAUGAGCACACAUGUAUGUUUUCAACUUAUAGCUGCCUCCUGGAUGUGGGGCUUCUUUGCAGUCCUACCACCUACAAUCCUGGUAGGCCAGCUGCCAUUUUGUGGACCCAAUUCCAUCAACCAUUUUUUUUGUGAUGUUGACCCAGUUCUCAAGCUGGCCUGCUUUGAUGUAAAGAAGAUUGAGAUUAUUAAUUUUGUCAAUUCAGCCUUGCUCCUCCUAGGCUCAUUACUGGUGACAAGUGUAUCCUAUAUAUUCAUUAUUGCAACAGUGCUGAGGAUCCCCUCAGCAAAAGGACGACAGAAAGCAUUCUCUACAUGUGCCUCUCACCUAAUUGUGGUGACACUGUUCUAUGGGAGUUCUAUUUUCAUUUAUGUUCAGCCACAAAAAAAUCACUCAUUGGACCUCAACAAGGUAGCUAGCAUACUGAACACAGUGAUAACUCCAUUAAUGAAUCCCUUCAUUUAUAGCCUAAGAAACGAAAAAGUCAAGGAGGCCCUGGACCAUUUAGUCAGAAGAAAGAUUUUUCCCCUUAAUUAA